ACUUCCUCUUACCUCUAUAUAUUGCCUCAUUUCUUCAUUUCUCCACAUUCCACCUCUCAUUUCCUAUCUUCCUCUCUACUCAAUUUAAGCCAUGGCCAUCAAAAUCUCAUCCUCCCUCUUCUCCUUCCUCUUCCUCUACCUCCUCCUCUCCUCCAUUAAUGAUCUUGUUGCAUCCUCAAACUCUUCUGAAAUCAAUAAUGGUCUCCAAGCAAAGCAUAACAGAAGAACUGUACCGACACAAAUUCGAGAUGAUUUGAAGCUGAAGGAGAAGAUGAGUAGCAGUGGAAGAAGGCUGAUGAUAGGUUCCAUGGCGCCUCAUUGUACCUUUAAUGAGUGCAGAGGUUGCAGGUUUAAAUGCCAAGCUGAACAAGUGCCUGUCGAUACCAAUGACCCUAUGAACAGUGCAUAUCGAUACCGUUGUGUUUGCCAUAGAUGAGUUAAAUUGGAUUAAUGGAAGAUGAUGGUUGAACAACAAAGAUGGAGAGAGAGAGAAAGAGUAUGUGUAUGUGUCUGUUAGUAAUUUGAUGGAAGUUUUUAAGUAGUAGUUUAUAGCUAGAUUUUGUUUUGUAGUAAUGCUUUUGUUUAGGAGAUUGAAAAGGUUUUGGCAUUACCAUGAGAAUUCAUAUGUAGAUGUACACCUAUAUAUUUAUAUUUGUUAUGUGGUGUCUAGCUAGCUAGUUGCUAGCUCAUCUUGUAAAAUAGUUAUUAGAAUAUGUGUUAAGAUAAUGUUUUUUUGCAAGGUCUA